UUUCCAGUACCGCCUCCAGCCGAAUCACAAUUGCGAACAUGAACUGUCGCUCGACGCUCGCUUUUCUCGCCAGGAACUCCCGGACUAUCCUGUCGCCCCAGGUCAACACUCGGCCGCUGUCUACUCUAUCUAGAUGGGCGUCCAGGUCCAGGGCGCUGGCUAACUCUGGCUCCGCGCUUUCCUCGAGGCGCUGGGCAACAUCGACAACGGCUCACUCGUAUGCGUCGGAUCCUGCCGAGGCAGAGGCCGUCCGCUGCCUCGAGCAGGGCACCCUCAAACUCGAGGAGGGCGACGUGAACACCGCCAAGGACCUAUACCAGCGAAGCGUCGAGAUCAAGCGCAGUCCUAGCGCUUUAUUCAACCUCGGCGUGACGCACUACCAUCUCAAGGAAUUUGACCAGGCAAUUGCUGCCUGGAAAGAAUCCAUUGAGUUGCAGCCGGCAAGUCCGGACGCUCACACCAACUUGGCCAGCGCGUACAUAAUUUCCCCAGUACCGCGUCCCGACCUCGCGCUCCAACACUUACGGACGGCGUCUUCUCUCUCGCCAGAGGACCCUGAAAUCGCUUUCAACCUUGCCGCCGUUCUGGAAGCCACCGGGGACCUCGAAGGAGCCUUGAAGUACUACCAGCGCAGUAAGGAGUACGGUGUCGAGCGUGCAGCGAUGCACAUACGCAAUGUCGGCGCAAAGAUCCUCGGACAGCGCGCGAAGAUGGCCGAGCAGGCGAAGCCAUCGGACGGCGAACAAGGGCAUCAGGAAUGAAGCAGCCUCAGGCUUCGCAUUCACGGCUACGAUACCAUCGAUCGCAUAGGAUGAUUAUUCUGGCGAGCUGCAUCACCCGGUGCUUCUAGCUACGCCGUGCUUAUUGUCUUUGCGAAGCCCGUGCAUGCCACCUUCGCACGAGGCCGCUGAAUACGACGCGCCACAUCUCACACAUCUAUCCGAUGCACGCACAGGACGUUCAUGUUGCCAAAGGUGGUGAGUGCUACGCUUGCUAUGACCUGCUUCUGGCCGAUGUACGCGGUACGGAGCG